CUCGUGACGUCAUCUGGGCUAAGCGAAUUUGGGGAUUUGGGGGCUGGGACGUGCAAGCCAAUGGCGGCAUGGUAAGUGGCAAACCCGCCAACACCGAGGCAAGCGGAGAUGGCGACUUUCUGCAAACACAGCCAAAGCCACGUAAUCCAAGAAGCAGUCGCCAUUUCCCUCUUCCUCUCUCCACCCGCACACACACACACACCUUCAAAUCCUUCAAAUCAGCCUAACCACACUCGCGGCUUUCGAUACAAGUGCGUUUCCCUGCACUGUUGCGACGGCAACCUACGACCCUCACCACAAGAAGGCAAGACGGUAAAGGGCAACCCACAGCCAGCAAACGUGCUUUGGAAUCCAAGAACUCACACGGCAGGCAAUUGCAUUGGACAGAGUCACAGCAACAGCAACCUCAAGCACAAACCGCCCCACAACACCCACAACACCCACAACAACUACCGCGCACGCAACCGCGCACGCAACCGCGCACGCAACCGCACACGCAACAACAACUGCAACAAUGCCACGGGGUCGCCGGUCUCGCGCAGUUUCUGCGCCAGCACCCUUCAUCAAGGUGGACCUACCAGCGACGGAAACUUGGCCGGCUUGGGAGGACACGGCAAGGAAUUUACCGACCAGCAUUUUCGAGUUGGCGGGUGAACAAGCAAAGCCUUGGCGCUCGCGCGAGCAUCUUCGAAUGAGCAUGGAGUCCCUCGUGUCAAAUGACCCCUUCGAGCACCAGCACACCAUGGAAGACGCGUGCAACGAUGACGGAUACAGCGACGACGACGACGACGACGACGACGACGACGACGACGACGACGACGACUUGUCUGACGCGGACGCCAUCAACGCAGUGAUGGGUCACAGUGCAGUGGACCGCCUGCAAACGAAGAGCAACCACAACACUGGCAACUCCGAUGUGCGCGUGCUCAGAAUGCGUUCGUGCACCACCAUUGCAGAAGAUGACGAGGGCGAAGACUGCGAGUGCAAUGAAGACGCUGGUGACAUGCGCUCCGAUGCCGCACCAUCUUCGCAGGCUUCCAGCUUCCACGGAUGCGCUCACGAUGGCGGGCGGGCCGUGCGCGGCACUGGGGCGCGCGAAACCCCGGCGCACCCGCAUCACGUGGACAGCAAGCAUGGCGAUGAUGAUGGUGCCGACGAAUAUGAGGGGGAGGAUGAGGAUGACUUUGCCGGCCUGGCGGAUCUCAUGGGACAAGGGAGUGGUGGUAGCGGUGGUGAUAGCGGGAAGGUGACAGCGCAUGCGGCAGAAGAGCGUGGCAGCACAGCCAUGGCAGCGACCGAAAGUCAGGGCACACAGUCCGAACGUCCAGCACGCCCCAGCAUCAGCGUGCCGGAGCUGCCUCCUCGCGUGUACGAGUGGAGCAAGCUGAAGGCUGCUUCGCCGCGUCGUCGAGGGUCAUCUCCCUGGGAAAUGCUGCGCAAACCGCUGCAGCGGCUGCGCCGGUCUAUGUCGCGGCAGCCGCAGCGCGGGCGGCGUGCGAGCGCGCCUGCCCUGGGCCGAACGACCAUGGCCUCGACGGCAUCGGACGUGGAUGACGUGGAUGAGGAUGAUAGCAGCAACGCCACCAGCAACGCCACCAGCAAUGCCACCAGUCACAACGCCAGCAAGAGGGCCAGUGAAGAGUUCGGCACUGCCACAACCACAAGCGCCAAAAGCAAGCGCCCCAGCCGCAAGCACGAGGAGCCAGUGUAUGCGGUUGUGAGCAAGCUCCACCACCGCGGUGAUGGGCGGAGCCCACCAAAGUACGCCAUUGCCAUGGUGGACGAUGACGAGGACGAGAUGCUCCGUCUCGCUGCUCGCCUGCAGCUGGGUACGGGCGCCCUUGGUGGCGACGAUGACGACAACGACGGCGGCUAUGCAACCAUUCGCAUUUAAUGUGUGUGUGUGUGUGUGUGUAUGCGUAGAUGCGCGCGCGUGUGUGUGAACGGGCGUGUGUGUGUAUGUGUGUGUGUGGUUGCUUCAGUGGUUGCUUCUCUGCUUUGUCUGCAUGCAUGCUUUCAGCUGUUUUGCCUUGAGAAACCCGCACGUGUCACGACCAUGCAUUUGGUGUGUGUUUUGUGUUUUUGUUUGUGCGUUGUGCUCCUUCGAGGGGAUGGAAGAUGUUCUUCCACUCGCGCUCAUCUUCGCCAGUUGUGCUGCCGGAGAAACUGAUAUCGCGACCAUCAGUCUUUCAUGCUUUCUGCCUGUUCUGUCGUUCAGUUGGAACUGUCACAAGUCAUCCAUCGGCAGCCAUUGGCCAGUAAACCAGCACAUGGAGCUAGACAUAUUGGCGUCUCUG